AUGGGCGACAGUGGUGGUGAUUCCAAACAAGUAAUGAUGAGUAAUUCUUCUUCUCUUUCCCUCCCUCAUGAUACUAUUCUAUAUGAUAUACUCACUAGAAUACCAAUUGAUAGUUUAAUGAAAUUUAGAUGUGAGGAGGAGGAGGAGGAGGAGCAGCAGGAGCAGGAGCAGGAGGAGGAAUCAAUUGAUUAUUUGGAUCGUCCUGACGAAAAAAUCGAUGACAAUGGUAUCGUAUUCUUUGAUCUUGAUAAGAAAGAAAAGAAGUUUUUUCGUUUCGGAAAAGAAACUGGAUUAGUUGAUAAAUGUCUUAAGAUUCAACACUCUUUAAAUGGUUUGGUACUACUAUCAUUGCACGGAGAGGAAAUACCUAGUCUCCAUGUUUACAAUCCAGUUACAGCUUAUGAUUCAGUCAUGGAAAAGUAUAAGGUGGUUCUCUGCUGUUGUGAUGGUGGAAACAGGAUAAAGGAGUACUCAUGUAGGGUUAUUACUCUUGGCGUUGAAGGUGGUGAUUCAUGGAGAGCUGUCGUUUUUCCGAAAGAGUGUCAUUUGCCAGAUGUUGCUAGUUGGAAAACGGUGUUUGCAUAUGGUUCUUUGCAUUGGUUGGCUAAUGUUCCGGGUAAACCACAUUUGGAUGAGAGUGAGGUUGAUGAGGAUGCAUGGGAUCAAAGGGAAAUAGUUAGUUUUGAUGUUAGUAGUGAAAGAUUCCACACGAUACAAUUCCCAAAGGGAGCUUCAGAAAAAUGUAAUACUAUACAUGAGAUGGAAGGAUCACUCUGCUACAUUGAUCAUAUCUCAGACAAUGAAUUGUGUUUAUGGGUUUUGAAGAAGGAUACUCAACAGCAACAAUAUGAAUGGACAGAGAAGUGCAGUUUUCAUGUACCAGGAAUCCUGGGUCGUUUCUGGUGGGAUCGUGGUAUUGCAAUUGUUACAUAUCCUAGACUUAAAAUGAUAUACGCGCCGGCUUGGAUGGGUGAUGAAGACCAUGCCGACAUGUAUUGGAAUUUCCACUGCUAUGAUGUGCAAUCAAAACAGUUAGAGACUAUGUUUGAGGCAAGUGAAAUGAGGGUUUUCUUGCAUGUGAACAGCUUGGCAUACUUUUAAUCCACUUUUUUGGGUACUAAUCAAGAGAAUUUUACUGCUAUGUUUUUAGUUUUGCAACUUUCGAUAUAGGUAGGUUUUCGUUUUCUCUCUUAUAUUACUGCAUUGACGUCUUCAUUCAGACAUGAUGUGUUUUCCAAUUUUUUAGACUGAACAUAGAUUUAUUUUUCUUUAAA